CGAUGACCAACUCAAAUCCUGAGGUCCGCCGCUGCUUGGCCGCAAAGGAUAACUGAUCGUUGGUUGAAUGAAGACGGCUGUAAAUGGACGACCGGGAUUGACAUUUCAAUCCGGAGCCGCGGAUCCCCUCCCCUUCAGCUGCUCCACUCCGAGAUCCCGAUACCGAAUAAUAGCGCCACCCGGACGGAAGGGAACCGAGUAAGACACACCGCGACUCUUCAUAUUGCUGCCGAAUGCUACGACUCCGGUUCCGCGAUAAUCAUAAACCAACUCUCGAUACUUGUGUCACACCGUCAUGAUUAUGAGAUGAAUAUUUCCUCUCGAAAUGCUUUCUGAUCAGCAAUCAAUGAUAACAUUCAUUGGAAGGUUGUAUAUCCAGAUCGAAGCCGAACAACACCUGAUCAAGGUACCACUCGGCUGCUUCACGGUUAAUCGUGUGUUUGAUUACAUCAUCGGCCCGUCUUAUCUUCUAUCUGUGAGUUUCGAAAUGCCGUUCGGAUUUAGAUGGACGCUCAGAGGUAAACAGACGGGAGAGCACAAUCAUUGACAAUGGUUCGGGGAUAAACGCGAAUCGUUUUCCCAUAUCUUGAUUGUACAGGUUGUAUGUAGGUGCUUUUUCGCAUCACGACCAAAUCAACGGAUUGACGUGAUAGACUUUUGUUCUCCGUUCUCACCCGGCAAGUCAGUGUGCAAACGCAGUCGACUGUCCCCUUACCGCAGUCCGCACUCCGCAGUUCUAGCUCGUCGGUCGUGGGGCCAACCAGUUCGGGCCAGCAAGGUUCGAAACACAUCAAACACGAUGAUGACCGCAGGCACCGGUUCACGUCACGCUACUACCGAUAUCAUCUCCACCAUCAACACCAUCGCGGUCCACCGCAGUCGUAGUCGGCUCCUUGAGCUUCCCCUUUUAAACGUGUUGACCCCCUCGAGUUCAUCUCGUCGUCGUUUUGCUACUUUUGCUGCUUUAACGAACUGUUCCUCCUAUCUUUGUCGGUCUUCACCACUAACAUCGCCAAUUCCCGCUUCCCCGCACCAACACCACCAUCGCAACAUCCACCCCACGCCGUUCGUCUGCCCGGGCACCAACAACAUUUGUACCACCAGCGUAAAGCGUAACAAUUUCCGAGCCAAAAACACACAUUUUUAUUCCACAAUGGCUGCCGAAAUUCCAAAGACCAUGUCCGGCGUCGUCAUCGAAAAGCCCGGUGGCGUCGACGUCCUCAAGUACAAGACCGACCUGCCCGUGCCCGAGAUCAAGGAGGGUGAACUGCUCGUCAAGAACGAGUACAUUGGCGUCAACUUUAUUGAUACCUACUUCCGAACAGGCCUCUACCCCUCCGCCUCGGGCUACCCCUUAAUCACAGGCAAAGAAGCUUCCGGCACCGUGGUCUCCUCCAAACACCCCCGCUUCUCUCCCGGCGACCGCGUCGCUUACCUCGGCGACGCUGCCUACGCGGAAUACACCGCUGUAUCUGCCUCUCGCUGCAUCGGUCCCCUUCCUGAAAGGAUCUCCUCCGAGACCGCCGCCGCCGCCCUGCUCCAGGGUCUCACAGCCCUUACCUUGGUCCGCGAAGCUGCCGGCAUCGAGCAAAAGCUGGGAAUCAGCGAAGGGCCCUGGGCGCUGGUGCACGCGGCCGCGGGCGGCACGGGCUCGUUGCUGGUGCAGAUCUUGAGCAUCAUGGGCGCCAAAGUGAUUGCUACGGCCGGAGGACAGGAAAAGUGCGAGCAGGCGCAUCACCAUGGCGCGCAUUGGACGAUAGAUAACAAGAGCGAGGAUGUGGUGGAGAGGGUCAAGGAGAUCACGAAUGGACGCGGGGUGGAUGUGAUUUUUGAUGGAGUCGGUAAGGCUACGUUUGAUGCGGAUCUGGAGAUGGUGGCCAGGAAGGGCACGGUGAUUAGCUUUGGAAACGCGUCGGGCAAGGUGGAGCCGCUGGAUAUUCUAAGGUUGGGGGCCAAGAAUAUUAAGGUGAUGAGGCCGGUUCUGUUUGGAUAUAUCGUCACCCCGGAGGAGUGGGAGAGGUGGACGACCGAGUUGUUUGAGCUGAUCAAGACGGAGAAGGUCAAGAUCAAGGUCCACGAAGUCUACCCCCUUCAGGAGGUGGCGCGUGCGCAUACCGACCUGGAGGGCAGGAAGACUACCGGCAAGCUGUUGCUGAAGCUUUGAGGAAUAAACGAUCCUAACCAGUCAAUAUUCUUCGGCCCAUAGCCAUGACAUAUAUAUGACAAUAUAAUAGCAAAACACGGAAGGCAUCACGGCAUGCAGAAUUCAUGCAGACUUUCACCUCGGUA